AUGUCGCCUGUUGACAUCUCUCCCAUUAGCGUCCUGAGCACAUUAUCUAUCCCUCUUCUUUUCUCGGGUCUGCUAGCCAUGGGCUUAUUUUCCUGGGCUCGCCCACGUGGUCGGGUCUCCUUCUACAGCGCCAAAGACAAUAACCUCAUCUUGACCCGGAAAAAUGGCAAGUCUGGUGCCAAGGAACAGGUAGCGCUGGCAGAUCUCUGUCGCACAGCCACACCGGCAACCUGUGAUCUCAAUCCAUUCCUCUUCAAUGGUCACCUUCAGACCGCUUGGACUGCAGUCAAGUAUGAUAGCGUUCCGGUGUACUACAAGAGAUGGAUGUUCGAGGCGGACAACCAGAUGUUCGAUGGGCAUUUUGCCGUGGAUUUCGUCGUAGAUCCCUACGAGCCGUCCAAGAAUGACCAGACCUCUGACCCAGAGAGAAAGUAUACUCUGCCUGAGGGACUACCGGAGAGGACCUCAUUCUUUACCGAAGAGGAAUUCACGGCGCUUCCAUCGGACGAUACCAAGCCUAUGCUGGUUGUUCUGCACGGCCUGAGCGGCGGAUCACAUGAGGUAUACCUGCGCCAUGUGGUUGCGCCUCUGAUCCAGGAUAAAUCGUGGGAAGCGUGCGUUAUCAAUUCCCGGGGCUGUUCGCAAACCAAGAUCACCACCAAUAUACUCUACAAUGCCCGCGCCACGUGGGAUGUCCGUCAGGCUGUCAAAUGGCUACGGAAGACGUUCCCGAAUCGGCCCCUUUUCGGAGUCGGCUUUUCCUUGGGCGCAAACAUCCUCACUAACUACCUGGGCGAAGAGGGGGAUGCGUGCCAGUUGAAAGCAGCGGUGCUUUGUGCUAGCCCCUGGAAUUUGGAGGUCAGCUCGGAAUACUUGAAGAGCAGCUGGCUGGGACUUCAGGUAUACAGUAAGGUUAUGGGAUCGAGCAUGAAGAAGCUUUUCGAGCAGCAUGUGGAGUCGGUCGCGCUAAAUCCACUGGUCAACGUCGAAGAAAUCAGGAACGUCACUUAUUUGCACGAAUUCGACCGAGCGCUGCAAUGCCCUGCAUGGGGCUACCCUACGGAGGGUGCUUACUAUCGUGAUGCCUCUUCCAUCGACUCUAUGCUUGGCAUCAAGAUUCCUUUCUUCGUAAUCCAGGCCGAAGAUGACCCGAUUGCUUGCGCAAAGGCUCUGCCAUAUGGAGAAAUCGUCAGAACCCCGUAUGGUGUCAUGGCGACCACCUCCUGGGGAGGCCAUCUCGGCUGGUUUGAGUUUGGUGGUGACAGGUGGUUUGUCAAACCGGUUUCCAAUUUCCUUAACCUCAUGGCCAAGGAAGUGGAUCACACCAUUCCAGGCAAGGUUGAGCACCCCGAUCGCCUCCCGCCUUACAUUGCGCGACCUGCGCAAGACAGCGAUAAGACGCCCAAGCCGCUUUUCGGCCCUGUGCGGCGCAAGCUGGAUAUCAAGAUCGUACCCUCUUCACCCUAG